AUGGCCGAGCCUGAGGAGCUCGACGAGGAUCUCUUCGCCGAUCUCUACGAGAACGACGAGGCUCCUUCCAAGCCCGCUCAGCCCGCUGCUCCCGCUGCCCAAGCCGUGCCGUCUGCCCCGGAACCCGCGCCCGCGGCCGCUCCGUCCGUUGUUGAGCACCAGGUGUCCAGCCACAAUGGUGGGAUUGCAGGUGCAGGCGAUGGCGAUGUGAACAUGAACGGUGGCGACAAUCACGCUGGUCACCAUGAGCAGUCUGGAGGUCACGAGCAACCGAGCGGCAUUGGCAUCAAAGAAGACGGUAAAAUGUUCAUUGGUGGAUUGAACUGGGAGACCACGGAUCAAUCGCUGCGUGACUACUUCUCUCAGUUUGGUGAGGUCGCCGAGUGCACCGUCAUGCGCGAUGGUGCUACCGGCCGGUCCCGUGGCUUUGGCUUCCUUACCUUCAAGGACCCCAAGACGGUCAACAUUGUCAUGGUGAAAGAGCACUAUCUCGAUGGCAAGAUUAUUGAUCCGAAGCGUGCGAUUCCCCGCGAGGAGCAGGAAAAGACUGCAAAGAUCUUCGUUGGUGGUGUUAGCCAGGAGGCCACCGAGCAAGACUUCAAGACUUUCUUCGAACAGUUUGGCCGCGUCAUAGAUGCCACCCUCAUGAUGGACAAGGACACUGGCCGACCCCGUGGCUUCGGAUUCGUCACCUUCGACGGCGAGGCUGCUGUCGAUGCCUGUCUUCAGGGCCCGCUCGCCAUCCUCGGAAAGCCCAUCGAAGUCAAGCGCGCACAACCGCGUGGUAAUCUAAAGGAUAACGACGAUGACAGGGGAGGAAAGUUUGGUCGUCGUGGCGAUAAGUUUGGCAACCGUGAUGGUGGUUUCGACAACCAGCAGAACCAGCAGCAGGGUGCACAGGGCAUGCCCAAUGGCAUGAGCCCGGCCAUGAUGGCACAGUACUGGCAACGUAUGCAACAGUACUUCGCUAUGAUGCAGCAACAGAUGGCCGCUAGCAUGCAAGGCGGUGGACAAAUGAACCCGAUGAUGGGCGGUGGUCAGAUGAACCCACAGAUGAUGCAACAGAUGAUGGCCAUGAACCAGAUGAGGGGCAACAACUCCAUGUCUCCCACCGGCAGCCCCGUUCCUCCCGGUACCCCUAUGCAGAAUGGCAUGAACCCUAUGAUGCAGCAACAAAUGCAGCAGGGCCAGAUGGGUCCUGGCGCUAUGGGUCCUGGUGGUUUCCAGGGCGGUCCCGGUGGCGCCAACAUGAUGGCUGCAGCGGCUGCGGCAGCCAACCGUCCGGGUUUCAAUGCGCAAGAACAGCUCGCAUUUGAACAGCAGAAGUAUGAGCAGCAGCAGGCGCGCCGGAUGCAGCAAGGCGCAUACGGUCAGGGCGGCUACAACCAAGGCGGACCGACCAGCUGGGAGGGCAUGUACGACGACGUUCCGCAGCCCAACAUGCCGGCCAAUGGCUCACAGGGUGGUGCGGCCCGUGGUGGAUUCGGUGGUGCUGGUAGAGGCGGGUUCGGUGGUGCGCAGAGGGGAGGUGGUGUCGCUCGUGGACAGGCCACCACGCCGCCGGUCCAGCCUAGCAACGCGCCUGCAAACGCUCCCACCGGCCCUAAGAAUGCUGGCAAGCCGGGCGCAAACUACCGCGGCGGUGGCCGGGGUUCGCACAGAGGAUUCCACCCGUACGCGAGGAACGGCUAA